AUGCACUUUUUCAGCUUGCCUCGUGAGCUCAGAGACAUCAUCUACUUCUACGUCCUCCCAGACCAUGUAACAUUGGUGGGAGAAGGCUGGGACAGAGACAUUGGCCUCAUUUUGGCAAGCCGGCAAUUACGGGUCGAGACGCUGGAGGCAUUCUACCUACGACUACCACGCGCAACGAUCGUCGUUCCGCCCGCUGCUUGUGAUCUCUUCCCCAGCUCUCUACAGUAUGCUCCUUUCCGUGAAAGGACAGAGAGGGUAGUCAUCCAGAGACAAGUCCAAAAGCCUGAUACACCUGACUUCGUCUUGCACACUAUGGGUCGCGAUGGAGCCACUUUACAUUGCUCCAAAGUUUUUGAACAUAUGCCCGCCCUGCGCGAGAUCACCUACGAGAUUGCCUGGAAGUCUGCAGCAAGUCCCAGCAUAUUGUUACCUAGCCUCAAAAGACGGAUGCUUGAUGAGAUAAGAAGAGUGACGGUGGGCGAGGACAAGUUGGCUGGCUGGGAGAUUGAAUGCCAAGUCAAAGAUGCGACUAGGUGGAAGAUAGGGUGGAGUGGUGUCGUGAAACUUCGGAAACUUCCAUCAAGCGGCUAG